CUCCCUCUACCUUACAUCCUUGGCUGGGUGGGGGCCUGGACCCCGCCACCUCCUUGUCCCCUCAGGCCCUUGGAAGAGAAGAAAGGACCUCCCACAGCUCCAGGCUCGCCCCCAGUUGUGGCCUGGCAUUGACCAGGAAAGUGGCUGAGGCCUUGCUGCCCCAACCCCGGCCGCAGCUAUGGAUAAAUUCCGCAUGCUCUUCCAGCACUUCCAGUCCAGCUCCGAGUCAGUGAUGAACGGCAUCUGCCUGCUGCUGGCCGCGGUCACGGUCAAGCUGUACUCCUCCUUCGACUUCAACUGCCCCUGCCUGGCGCGCUACAAUGCCCUCUAUGGCCUGGGCCUGCUGCUCACUCCCCCGCUCGCCCUCUUCCUCUGUGGCCUCCUGGCCAACCGGCAGUCCGUGGUGAUGGUUGAGGAGUGGCGCCGGCCCACGGGGCACCGGAGGAAGGACCCAGGCAUCAUCAGGUAUAUGUGCUCCUCUGUGCUGCAGAGAGCGCUGGCCGCCCCCCUAGUCUGGAUCCUCCUGGCCCUCCUAGAUGGAAAGUGCUUCGUGUGUGCCUUCAGCAGCUCUGUGGACCCCGAGAAGUUUCUAGACUUUGCCAACAUGACUCCCAGCCAGGUGCAGCUCUUUCUGGCCAAGGUGCCCUGCAAGGAGGAUGAGCUGGUCAGGAACAGCCCCGCUCGGAAGGCAGUAUCUCGCUACCUGCGGUGCCUGUCACAGGCCAUCGGCUGGAGCAUCACCCUGCUGCUGAUCGUCGUGGCUUUCCUGGCCCGCUGCUUGAGGCCCUGCUUCGACCAGACAGUCUUCCUGCAGCGCAGAUACUGGAGCAACUAUGUGGACCUGGAGCAGAAGCUCUUCGAUGAGACGUGCUGUGAGCAUGCGCGGGACUUUGCUCACCGCUGCGUGCUGCACUUCUUCGCCAGCAUGCAGAGUGAGAUGCGGGCCCGCGGGCUGCGCCGGGACUCAGCCAGCCAAGACCCAGAGCCCCUGGAGAUGCCUGAGCCCCCCGAGGGCCUGGACGGCGGAAGCAGGAAGGCCCACCUGCGGGCAGUCUCCAGUAGGGAGCAGGUGAACCACCUCCUGAGCACCUGGUACUCCCGCAAACCACCACUUGACCUCCUGGCAUCCCCUGGGCUCUGGGGGGGUGGCCUGAGCCACCGCACCCCCACUGUGGCCCCAGGCACCAGGCUGUCCCAGCACACCGAUGUGUAAGGACGCUGGCCGUGUCCCCACUUGAGACACCCUUGUUGACAAGGGUCUGAGGGCUUUGCAGGCGGUGAGCGCCACAAGGCAAAGCAGGGCACCCUAGC